UGCAACGAAAUCUAAUACAGUCAAAAUUAGUCUAUUCACAAAAUAUUAGUUGCUAUAAGUUGGUUUCCAUUGACCUAUAAUGUGACUAUGUGACAGAAAUCUGUUAAUCUUUUACGCCCCGUAACUUUGAAUGUGAAGUGUUUUAACCUUGAGAUUGAUUUUUUUUGUUGAUAAUUAUAAUUGUUACGAAUUAGUCUGUCGCAGUAAUUGCUUUAGUUAACAGAUUAGCUAACAGAAAUGUUGGGUGACGAGGUGUUGGCUCAGCUGACGGAAAUGUUCGGCGAUUACAUGGAUCAGCGUCGGAUUCAGAGAGCUGUAGACAAAUACACCACUCUUGAAGUAUGCAUCGAAGCUUUACUCACAGAGCAGGAAGAGCCUGAACUUUACAAACCGGACUACCUGUGGAUCCGUGACUGGAAACCAGUGCCCACGGUGCCCACUCAAGAGCCGAAAGCUACGGGAGCCAUCAAAAAGGUUAUUCCCGCUGAUAAUGAAACGACAAGCUUUGCGUCCUUUGUUCAAAAGGGAAACCAAAAGUUCGGCAGCGGAACACCCCAGCCGCAGCGGCCAGUAAAAGGUUCUAACCGCCAGACUAAUCAGUUUCCGCAAAAGUUUGCCUCGGUUGUGGAUACUGUAAACAAGGGAUUUCGAGUUAUGGUCCUAAUGCGUGGUGCUCCCGGCUCGGGCAAAUCUUAUCUCGCGCGGGCACUUAUUGAUAAAACGCUUGGAAAUAAAGAUUACAGAAACCACAUAUUUAGCACGGAUAAUUUUUUCAUCGUUAAUGGGGUGUAUAAAUAUCAAGUGGAUAGACUGGAGGAAGCGCACCGUUUUAAUCACAACAAUGUCCGCGCAAAAGCGCGCGACGGUUGGAGUCCAAUUGUGGUGGACAACACUAACAUUAAGCUGUGGGAGAUGCACGCGUACGUGCAAAUAGCGGCCGAACAUGGGUACAUACUGGAGGUACUGGAACCGGUUACGCACUGGCGCUACAACGCAAGGGGCCUGGCGGCAAGAAACACGCACGGCGUUCCCGAGCACAAGAUUCGGCUCAUUCUCGGGAACUACGAAAAGUUGAAGGAUACUGCCGAACUGUACAGGCAGUGCCAGCUGGAGCACGCCCGGCAUUUGCCUCCGAAGAUGAGGCACUUUCCGAUCGUUCAGACGGAUUUGCUGACGCAGACGGAUGCGAAUAGAAAUCGCGGCCAGCAGCAGGAACAACCCACCAGCGGCAAGCAGCAAGAUACAAACAUGGACGAUUGGGUCAGUACAAACUGGGAAGACGGGUCUGCUUCCAUGCAGGAACCAAGCGGUGAUUCUAACCAACACACGGAGAUCGCUAUACCUAAACCUCCCCGUCAGACACCGAAACACAUGUACGCGGCGACGGCUGCUUCGGCGGGACAUGACAACGAUUCGGGCGAUCUGCUGGCCAUUCAAUCCAUACACGGUGAAGACACGCAAUGGAUUUGGCCAACAGAAGCCGAAAAUAGCUGGAAACUUGACGACGAAGAGAAUAUCGAUCCCGAUGGUAAGGAGCAUGCAGCAGCAGCAAACGAGCCAACUCCAGUUGGGACGCCGAAAAUGAAACGGGUUCCACCCGCUCCGGAUCAGGCCUCGUUUCUCCUGUCAAACGUAUCGAUUCCAUUCGAGUGGCGAACGCCUGAGAGUUCCACCGGAGUAACACCGCAAAAACAGAGCGAACGUAAAAAAUAUGUCAAGAAAAGGAGAGCCUUAGUGCGGCAUCGACGGGGCUGUCGGAACGAAAACACAAGUUUCUCGGAAAUCUGCAACCUCUAUCCGCAAAUUCCGGCCCAAUUGCUGUGGGAUCUGUUCGAAAAAUGCAACGGCGAUGGCAAUUGGACGGCAAGUCUGCUCCUGGAAGAGCAAAAGUCGUACGAGUUUGACGAUGAUCAAGGCAAAACGGGUGACGAUGCAAUAGCCGAUGAUGAUCAGUUCGAGUGUGACUGUAAUGAACCUCUGGUCGCUCAAGUGCCCGCCAGCACUAUGAAUGCCACCGUUGGUGGGGGAGGAUACGAAACGGAUCGAUCAUCCACGGUUAGCUCCAACUCCCCACGCAAUACAAUUAGGAGAAAAGACAAGAUUCUAACGGAAGAUUUACAGCAAACGAAAAAACAGUUGGAAUCGUUUAUAGUACUUGGAAGGGAACACUACUCAGAGAAAAUCCAACAGAUUCGAGCGGCAAAAGGGAUUAUACCUAAAGAAGAAGCCACUCCGCUUUUAACGGAGCCCGAACCACCGAUCGUAGAAGACACAAAGUCAGACCCCGAGGUGCUGGAAGUUACCUUAGGAGUAGAUUUAAUAAAACAGUUGCAUGCGGUCUUCCAGACGAAGUAUGCCUGUAAAUCUCUCGAUGUCGAUGAGCUUACCUCAGAACAAACCAAGGUUUUUAUGGCAACGGAAGUUGCCGAACAACUGUACAACUCUUUCCUGGAUUCCGUUUACAGUAGAAAAGAGGAGAAAAAACUUUCCGAGUUUAGGAGGGAUGCCCAGAUUGCGAGAGAAUUGGAAGCAAAGCAUAAAUAUCCUGCCUUAUUCAACGAAAGACUGGACAGUUCGGAUGCUCCCAAUCUGAACGACAUAAUCGAAAUGGAGCACGCCCUUUCGGCCUACCGAAACGAAAUAAACGGCUGGGUAAAAGAAGUUCCCCAGGAUCUGGCCGCCCAGAUGACGCGUCAAAAGUUGAAAGAGAUGUUCCCCAGCGUCGAGCAGGGCGUACUGGAAGAAAUCCUGCACGCACACGAUAACAAAUUCCACGACACGGUGAAUGUACUGAACAAUUCCAUCCCCGAACAGCUGCGCAAUCAAAUUGCGCACGAGCGAGUAGCUCUGCUACAGCAAAGUACCGCAACGGAAACGCCUAAACCAUCGCCAGCAUGUCCCGUGAUCGUCGAGCAGGACCAAACGGGACGCAUCACCGGCGAAGACGCCAUCAAUCUGCACAUGCGUACAGCCGAAGAGUGCCGCAAUCUGGCGCAGCACCACCAAGAACUAAAAAACGAAUGUCACGAGAAGGCGCGCAGCGCCAUCCAGCGAGGCAUGGCCGGUGUCGCUGAGUACUAUGCCCAAAUCGCGGGCCUACACCGCACCAAGAUCGACAUGUUCAACAGCAAAGCUUCGAACGCCAUCAUGGAGGUGCACCGGUUGACGCUGAACAAUGCGGACGUGCUGGAUCUGCACUAUCUGCACUCGGAGGAAGCGCUGCGCUGUCUGGAGAUCUUCCUGGCCGAGCAGGCCAGCCGGCUGAGGAGCCGCCAGCAGCAGUACAAGGAACUGUUCAUCAUCACCGGCCGGGGGCUGCACUCGGCGGACGGCAUUCCGAUCAUCAAGCACCGGGUGAAGGCGAUGCUGCGCGACUUGUCACUGAGGUGCGUGGAAAUAAAUCCAGGAUUCUUGAAAAUCAAACUGCAAAACAACAGUGACAUGCUGGAGCGGCUGAUACAACCGCAAAGCUAGCUGUACCGCAUUUAGUCCAGUCAGAAUUUACGCUCACAACAAGCUACCAAACGCCACCAUUGAAAGACAGUAAGUUAAGUUUGAUUGUUAUUGUUUUGUGCUAACGAAAAUGGAACACAACUCCGUUUGAUUUUAAUUAACCACGUUUCAAUUUGUGACCGAACACUUUAAGCUGCUCAAUUUUCUUAUUUCAAACUGAACAGAGCUGUUGUACCUGAUUUCUGAACCGACCGACUGUGCGGUCACUUAAUUAGCUUUCAAUGUUAAAGAUUUUGUUUUGUAAAUAAUAAAGAAUUUAUUUCCUUGUCAAGUUCAGACAAAAAAG